AUGGUUCGUUCGCUGGCUUCCUCUGACUCUUCUGAUUCGGACGCUGCCUCACUCAGUUCCCUUUCGGGGGACUCUAGCGUGGGAUCAGCGGGUGCAGUUGCCAGGAGGGCAAGGGCGGAUCAACUCAACGCUGAGCGGCACCGUGAAAACGCCAAGCAAUGGUUCAAGCGACAGACGCUGGACGGCCUUCUGCAAUUGGCGAGGCCUCGACUGGUGCCCGCACGGGUGGAGGGCCUUCUGCAGGACGCGCAGUUGCUCCAGAGGUUUUGCGACGAGACCAUCCCGCCGAAUGACCACACCUGGAUUUAUUCGGAUCAAGUGGGCAAUUCGGACAGCCCUGCCCGGCACCGUGUGGAGCAGCGGACCCAACUGCUCCUCCAGCAAUCCUUGGCUCCAAGGCUUCGCACCAAAGAGACCACGACGUUCAUUCAGCGCGCGAUCACGACUGCCGGUGGCAACUUCUACAGAGACUUCAUCUUUCUGGUGUGGCCGUUGUUCACUGACCAGGAUAGGCUGGAGUUCCAAACCUGGUACUACAACCAUGAUGGUAAGGGUGUUCUACCGGAUGUGCCAGAACAUGUCCCCUCGGCGUCCAGCGGCAUUCGCCGCGAGAACUGCGCUGCAGUGCCACGUGGCUUGCUGUACGUGCCGAGGAGUGUCAUUGGCCGCAAAGCACUGAAUACUGUUAAAGAAGCCUUGCAGCAGCACCCACACCUAACCGCCCAAUAUCAGCAAGCUGCGGCCCAGAGCCUUCAGCAACGGCAGGGUCGCACGAUUGACGCAUGCCUCGCUGAAGCCUGGCGUCAGUGCACCAAGUGCCUCGGCCGUGGCCGCCCCCUGCCACCAGCUCAGCAAGAGCUUUCGCUCCGGGCCUUCUGGUCCGCCAAGCGACACCUCCGCUAUUGCCAGACCCUUGUUAGGCACUAUAACGCGCCAGUAAUCUGGUAUGUUUCCCACUCUAUGCCUACCCGGGUACGCACGCUGUUACCUGGCUCGGUGCGGAGACUGCGGCCCCUGAUCCAGCUUUGGCGUGCAGCCAUCUCCUUUCAGAAGCAGGAUAGAAUGCUUAGACAAAAAGUCAAGGAGAGGAAAAUAGCCAAGGUUGACCAUCUGAUCUCAGUAGCACAGGAAGCCGAUAAGCGCGGACUGAGCACUCUGCACCAGCUGCUCAAACACCUGAAGCCCAAAGCGCCCAAACGAUCCAUACAUUUCCGUAGAGCAGAUGGCCAGCUCAUGGGUACAGGAGAGGAGAUGGAUAAGCUCCGAACUUUCUUUUCUGAGCUGUACCAGGCGGAUGCUCACACCCCGACACCGCAUUUUCUGCAGGAAGCGCUACAAGUGGAAUCGUGGGAGAUCACGGCUGCCCUUCAUAGUAUGCCUGCACAUAAAGCCCUUCCACCAGGGCAGGUUCCGGCGCGACUGUGGAAACUGGCGGCACGGAGUGUAGAAGCUGAGCUUUUGCAAGAUUUCAAUGCGGCCCUUCAGCCGGGGGAACUUUGUUUCCCGCACCAUUGGCAUGAUUCCUACCUCGCCCUAUUGGCAAAGCCUCACAAGGCACCCAACUGCCCCUCCAACCUACGCCCAAUCAAUUUGUUGGUAGCAGAGUUCAAGCGAGCCUGCACGGCUCUGCCCAAACUGCUCGCCUGCCUGCAAUCCUUUGGCAUGGAAGUGUCCCUUGAGAAAACUGUCGCCCUGCUUGCCAUCAAGGGCCCUGCUGCAGCAGCCCUGCUCAAACAGUACACCAAACGUGUCAAAGGCGCAAGCGGAGUUUGCUCAGUUCGGAGGGACAACAAGGGAGCGGACAAGCCACCGGAGCCGGCCAGCGGCAAGGGCGGCCAAGUCUUGAAGGACCACGUGGAGUCCUCCUCCAAGACACCGGGCUCGACCUCAGGCUGGAACCAGCAGCACGGCUACAGAUCGUGGCCCACUCGCUGCGGGGACAAAGAGGAUCUCAAAGAGGUGAUCCGGGCUAUGGGCAGACUGUCCUUGAGGCUGCAGGACCAGCUGAGCAUCUUCAGCCUAGACGUGGAGUUCAUUCUGUUUCUCCAGACGGACGCGUCCGGCAACAAGUUCUCCAUCACGGCCAGCCUCUACGCGGCAGCUCAGCAGUGGCAUCGACAAAAAGAAUCCGACCCCGCAAGCCUCACCCAGCCGAUGCGCAACAUCCUUCUAUAUUGUCUUUUCUCGGCGCUCUUGGAGCGUCUCGAAAAGCUCGAGACGGAUCCGGACAUGAUGGCCCGAGUGCGACAGAUGGGAUUGGUGGAAGGGGAGGCAUAUCUGUUUCUCCAAUGGGAUGCGGCUCAGGGCAAGCACAUCAAAGCCCAGGUGGAGCCCUUGAGCCAUCGGGAGGCAGUGGAGUCAGUGCGGGUGCUCCUUCGCUUGGCUACGUUCCCACAUGUGGUGGGGCGCUUCCACGCGCUCCGGAAGCUUACUGCAGCCCCCUCGGGGGACGUGAUCCCCUUUACGUUGAUGGCUCAGAACAGGACAGCGGAGUCCCAUCAGCUUUACAGCCUGAUGCAUCGGCUUGCCAGAAACUCGGUCUGGCACCUCAUCGGCGCCACGAUGAGGCCCACGAAGAUCGGGCGGUCGCCAUUGGCGAAACAGCUGGACAAAAUGAUCCAGAACCUCUAG